CAUUGAACUCCUCAAGACACCCACCCCACCCACCAUCCACCAAGGGAGGCCUCUCACGCCGACCGACACACCUUGACGGAAAAUGGCGACUUUUCCCCACCUCUCCCUCCUCACUCUCUUCUCCCUCUUCCUCUUCACUCAGGGGAGAUUAAUUCUCAACCCUUCCGAUCUCAAAGCCCUCUCCAUCAUUCAAAAAGACUUGGGCCUCAACGGUCACCAGCCUUACCUCUCUACCAAACCUUGCAUGGCCGCCGGCGUAUCCUGUGAGAGGAGACUCUCAAACAACAACUCCUAUGAGCUCAGAGUUACUAGACUCGUCUUUAAAUCCCAGCGGCUCACUGGGUUCCUGUCCCCGGCGAUCGGGCGGCUCUCUGAGCUCAAAGAGCUCUCUGUUCCUAACAACCAACUCGUUGACCAAGUACCAUCCCAAAUCGUUGACUGUCGGAAACUGGAAAUUCUCAACCUCCAAGGCAACCAGUUUUCAGGGGAAAUCCCAAGUGAAUUAUCCUCGCUUAUACGCCUUCGAGUCCUUGAUCUUGCUUCCAAUAGAUUUUCCGGGGACUUGGGUUUCUUGAAGUAUUUUCCCAACUUGGAAAAUCUCUCUCUUGCAGACAAUCUAUUUACUGGGAAAAUUCCGCCAUCCAUUCGUUCUUUCCGUAAUCUCAGAUUUUUCAACUUCUCUGGAAAUCAAUUUCUUGAAGGCUCAGCCCCAUUGAUGGACAGGCUCUCAUACUCGGCAUCCGAUGUUCCAAAACGUUACAUUUUGGCUGAGAAUUCACCUGGAGGAAGCAACGCAUCAGCAGUUUCACCAGCUGCAAAUAGAACUGCUACUUCUGCUACUUCUGUUGCUCCAGCUCCUUCUCCGGUGCACCAACCUCGCAAACAUAAAAACAGUAAGAGGAAGCUAGCUGGGUGGAUACUCGGAUUCCUUGCCGGAGCAAUGGCAGGAACCAUAUCCGGGCUCAUAUUUUCCUUGCUGUUUAAGCUGAUCUGGGCUGUUGUAAAAGGUGGAGGGAAGGAAUCGGGCCCUUCAAUCUUCAGUCCUUUGAUCAAAAAAGCAGAGGACUUGGCUUUCUUGGAGAACGACGAUCAAAUGGCUACGUUGCAAAUCAUAGGACAAGGUGGGUGUGGCAAGGUUUACAAGGCUGAAUUGCCUGGAAGCAAUGGCAAAAUGAUUGCCAUAAAGAAGAUAGUUCAACCUCCAAAGGAUGCAGCAGAAUUGACCGAGGAAGACAGCAAGGUUCUAAACAAGAAAAUGCGUCAAAUUCGUUCGGAGAUUAACACCGUGGGUCAAAUUAGGCACCGGAAUCUUCUUCCUCUGUUAGCCCAUCUGAGCCGGCCGGACUGCCAUUACCUUGUGUAUGAAUUCAUGAAGAAUGGCAGUUUACAAGACUUGUUGAAUGAGGUCUCGGAAGGCAAUAGAGACUUCGAUUGGUUUGCCCGGCUCAGGGUUGCAAUAGGAGUUGCUGCAGGGCUUGAAUAUCUUCACAUGAACCACACCCCGCGUAUAAUUCAUCGAGAUCUCAAGCCUGGGAAUAUUCUCCUGGAUGACGACAUGGAAGCUCGAAUUGCUGAUUUUGGGCUUGCAAAAGCCAUGCCUGAUGCUCACACGCAUAUCUCGACUUCCAACGUGGCCGGAACGGUGGGUUACAUAGCGCCAGAGUACCACCAAACGCUGAAGUUCACCGACAAGUGUGACAUCUACAGCUUCGGGGUGAUGCUGGGGGUUCUGGUGAUAGGAAAGCUCCCAUCCGAUAACUUCUUCCAGGAUACCAACGAGAUGAGCUUGGUGAAAUGGAUGAGGAAUGUGAUGACAUCGGAGAAUCCCAGACAAGCGAUUGAUGAAAAGCUUUUGGGGAAUGGGUUUGAGGAGCAAAUGCUCUUGGUCUUGAAGAUUGCUUGCUUCUGUACCUUGGAGGACCCAAAGCAAAGGCCUAACAGCAAGGACGUUAGGUGCAUGCUGUCUCAAAUCAAGCAUUAAGGAUACAUGUGUUUCAGAAUGAAGGGAACAAUAAUCAUGCAAGUGACCAGCAAUAUAUGUUUUAAGUAGAUCAAUUACAUGUCUAUGAUCAUGAUGUAUAAUAGCCAUUAAGGAAACUGUUGUAUGUUGUGUGCUGCAUUUGGUUAAGCCUAUUGCUCAUAAACUGAAGGUAUCAUAUUUACAUUUUCUUUGUCUUU